UUCCCCCACUAUAAAUCCCUCCCGGGGUCCUUCAAAAUUUCAUUCUACAGAUUAGCCCUCUUUGCCUCUUUGUGUUCUCUUCAACAGAACAAGAAAUCAUGAGACUGCUUAUUCUUCUUCUUCUUCUUCUUCUUCUUCCUCUUCUAUUCCUGCUUCCCUUCUCAGAUGGGGAAGACCUCAUAGAGCAGACCUGCAAGCUCACCCCCUUCCCGGAGCUCUGCCUCUCCGCCUUCCAUUCGAGCCCCGGCAGCUCUUCCACUGACCCACAUGACCUCCCCGGGAUCAUGGCCAAUUCAGUCCUCCAGAACGUGAACCAGACCCUGGACAAGAUCCAGCAGCUGCUCAACCGGUCCCCUGCCGACCCCGAGACCGAGCAUUUCCUGGCCUUCUGCGCGGAGCUGUACAUUCCGGUGGUAAAGUACAACCUUCCCCAGGCUAUCGACGCACUGAGCAAAGGGGGGCUCGGGUUCGCUGCCUAUGAGAUCAAUGACGCCGUGAACGCGGCUCGGGACUGCGAGAAGAAGCUCUCUGUGGCCUCGGGAAGUUUGUUGCAGGUGAGCGAUGGGAAUAAGCUAGUCACGAAUUUGGGGGCAGUCGCACUGGCGAUCAUCAAAUUGUUGCUGAAUGAUUUUUGAUGAUUCACAAUACGAAUGCAAUUGUAAUUCUUACGAUUAAAUAAAGAGUCAAUGGCAUUUGCACACCACCUUUGGGUCUA